AUGUGUCGAAGUAUUACAACGCAAAAUAAUGAUGAUUCCAAUAGAAUUAUCGAAACAUCACCACCAUUCUCACAAGGAGUUGUCACCGAAAGUAUUGAUUCGGCAUCCGAUUUUACGGACAUAAUUGAGCAACCUUCAUCAGAUGCUAUAAUGGAAACCGCGUUGAAAAUGGGAGAUUUUAAAGAAAUGGGACUAGUUAAUUUUACACCUGUUGGAUUCGUGGAAGGAUUCUUUGAAAUGUUACAUGUCUCAACGGGAUUACCUUGGUGGGGUACAAUUGCAUUAGCAACAUUAAUUUUACGUUUAGGAUUUUUUCCGAUAUUAAUAAGUCAUCAAAGAAAUGUUUCUAAAUUAGUGGAAAUACAACCACAAAUUGAAAAAUUAAUGGAAAAAAUUAGUGAAGCAAGGGAGAGUCGUGAUCAAUAUACACUUUUGAAGAGAACCGAAGAAUUGAAACAAUUAUAUUCCAGUGUUGGAACAAGUCCAUUAACACCCUUAUUAUUCCCAUUAAUGCAAAUGCCUUUUUUUGUAAGUUUUUUUAUGGCUUUGAGAAAGAUGGCCGCAGUAAGUGUACCCGGUUUUGAUCAUGGAGGUAUUUUAUGGUUCAAAGAUUUAACUGCUCCGGAUCCAAACUUGGCUUUGCCUUUUCUUGUUAGUGCAGGAUUUAUCCUAAUGUUAGAGUUGGGGACUGACAGUGGGCCCGUAAAAGCAUCUCAAGGAAAGGGCAUAAAAUGGUUCUUCCGCGGCGUCAGCGUAUUAUCGAUUCCUUUCACUAUGACAUUACCUUCUUCAGUACUUGUUUAUUUUCUUUGUGCAAAUACUUUAGCCUUUGCACAAAGUGCACUAUUAAAAAAUAAAGGAGUUCGAAAGUAUUUUAGACUACCAAUUAAUAAACCUAGAAUAACAGAAGUAAAAACCAAAUCAUUUAUGGAACAAUGGAAAGAAUUGAAUGCCAAACAACAGCAAACUUCGACUAAGACGACUGCAUCCAAAAUUAAAAAAUUGAAAACAAAGUGA